GCAACCAGGGUGGGCUUCGCCUCAGAGCGCUAAACCACAACGGCUGGCUGAUCCGGGUCGGGCAUGUCUCAGGCGAACGUUCAUUAUUUUGAUUUGUAGCCUUAAGGAAAACCGCAACGUGGGGAAUGGGUUGGCCGGUUUGUUAACUCGCCGCUGGUUUCUUGGGCAGUUUUGUUUUUUAAUUUUCAAACUUUCCCUAAGUGUCAAGACGGGCCCCGCUGAGUCUCGUCUGCCACGUAGUACGAGCAACACUUGAACUUUGCGGGGAAACGCGCAUCUUCACCUCAUCCGGAGAUUCCUCCUCAGCCCCGCCCGUCCCGCUUCUCGCCGCCUCCUUAAAAAGCUGGGAGCAAAUCUCGGGCUUCGCGCCAAAUUCCAAACGCCAAGUGAGAGACACCCCCCACCCAAUCCGCCCGCAUACCCAGGGGGAGGGAGGGAGGGGGGGACGUUCACGCACGUCUCCUGAAGGCGGUGACGUCACAAACCCACUCCGUCCCUCGCGCCCGCUGUCCCUUCCGAGCAGUCCGCGUUGGGCGUUCGCAGACCCGCGCGCCUCGCUAGACGCUCCGUCGUUCCUCCUCCUCCUCCUCCUCCUGCACCCCUACCCCGCCCCUCCCCGCGGCGCGCGAGCUCCGUGCCUGCCCGCUAAAUUCCGUUAGCGCCACCUCUUCCCUCCGCCUCGCCCCGCCUUUGGCCCCACAUGUUCGGUCCGGAAAAGCUGUUGGGGCAGCUGCCCAAGCUGGAGACAUACGGGAAUAUGGCGUCCGUGGGGGAUUUUAACUCGGUGAGCGCCAACGUCCCGGCCACCCGGGUGGAGAUCUCCGUGUCUUGCAGGAACCUUUUGGAUAGAGAUACAUUUUCAAAAUCUGAUCCAAUUUGUGUUUUGUACACCCAAGGGAUGGGAAAUAAAGAAUGGAGAGAGUUUGGAAGAACAGAAGUAAUUGACAAUACUUUGAACCCAGAUUUUGUAAGAAAAUUUAUAAUGGAUUACUUUUUUGAGGAGAGACAGAAUCUGCGAUUUGAUUUGUAUGAUGUUGAUUCUAAGAGUCCAAACCUUUCAAAGCAUGAUUUCUUGGGACAAGUGUUCUGUACAUUAGGAGAGAUCGUUGGGUCACAAGGAAGCAGACUAGAAAAACCAGUUAUAUCGAAACUUCCCUGGUGGAACCUGGUUGUCAAAGCAAAAGUGGCUGAUCGAAGUAGCCUGCAGAAAGGAAUUCCUGGGAGGAAAUGUGGCACAAUAAUACUGACAGCAGAGGAACUGAACUGUUGCCGGGAAGCUGUUUUGAUGCAAUUUUGUGCAAACAAAUUAGACAAGAAAGAUUUUUUUGGGAAAUCUGAUCCCUUCCUGGUAUUUUUUCGUAGCAAUGAAGAUGGCAGUUUCACAAUCUGCCACAAGACAGAAGUUGUAAAGAACACUUUAAAUCCAGUAUGGCAGGCAUUCAAGUUAUCCAUCAGAGCACUUUGUAAUGGAGAUUAUGACCGAACAAUUAAGAUAGAAGUGUAUGACUGGGAUAGAGAUGGAAGUCAUGAUUUUAUUGGAGAAUUCACCACAAGCUAUAGGGAAUUGUCUAGAGGACAGUCACAGUUUAAUGUAUAUGAGGUAAUAAAUCCAAAGAAAAAAGCAAAAAAGAAAAAGUAUGUUAAUUCAGGAACAGUAACAUUACUUUCCUUCCUAGUGGAAACAGAAGUUUCAUUUCUCGACUAUAUUAAAGGAGGGACUCAAAUCAAUUUCACCGUGGCUAUUGAUUUUACAGCUUCAAAUGGUAACCCUGCACAUCCAACAUCACUUCACUACAUGAAUCCAUACCAACUGAAUGCAUAUGGAAUGGCAUUAAGGGCAGUAGGUGAAAUCAUUCAAGAUUAUGAUACUGACAAAAUGUUUCCAGCUCUAGGCUUUGGUGCAAAACUGCCCCCAGAUGGAAGAAUAUCUCAUGAGUUUGCCUUGAAUGGAAAUCCACAAAAUCCUUACUGCAGUGGAAUUGAUGGUGUAAUGGAAGCAUACUAUAUGAGUUUAAAAUCUGUGCAACUUUAUGGACCAACCAACUUUGCUCCUGUUAUUAAUCAUGUAGCAAGAUAUGCUGCCUCAAUAAAAGAUGGCUCCCAGUAUUUUGUUCUUCUCAUUGUUACAGAUGGAGUCAUUUCUGAUAUGGCUCAGACAAAGGAGUCCAUAGUGAACGCUGCAAAACUCCCAAUGUCAAUAAUAAUAGUGGGUGUUGGACCUGCGGAAUUUGAUGCCAUGGAAGAAUUGGAUGGUGAUGAAAUAAGAGUUUCAUCAAGAGGAGUUUAUGCAGAAAGAGAUAUAGUACAGUUUGUACCAUUUCGGGAUUAUAUUGACAGAACUGGAAACCACAUAUUAAGUAUGGCCCGACUUGCAAGAGAUGUCUUAGCUGAGGUCCCGGACCAGUUUCUUUCCUACAUGAGGGUCAGAGGAAUCAAGCCAUCUCCGGCACCACCUCCGUACACACCACCUAUUCACGUGGUACAGACUCAGAUAUGAGCACUUUGAAUAUUGAAUACUUUUCAAAAUUAGACAGUGCUGCCAAGAAAGAGUUUUCCAGUACAGUGAUGCACUUUAAGAGCCAGCAAGCUCUUUGUAUGCAGUGAGUAGAAUUUCCUCGUGGGCUUGGGAAAAGAAAAAGAAAAAUAAGUUAACUUUGUAUACCAAAAUGUUCAAACUUGUUGCACGUGCAACUGAACAGCUUUUAUUUACCAGAAGCAAAAUGGUGAAGUUGUUUCUAAGUGUUACUGUUUCUAACAGAAAAUGCCUAUUAAUACGGGGCCGGGGGAGGGAGGCACGAUUGGAGAAAGCACAAGACCACGGGUUCCAUUCAGAAGUCUUUGUCUUUCUGACCUAAUACGUACAUGUAUAUAAUGUGAAUGCAAACCCUCUGUAUCACUGUUUACAUGUUACUGUUUACUUUUGAAAUUUAACAACUUUUUAUACGUAGUUAUUCUUAAACAUUUGUCUUCUAUCUUGCAAUAGUAAAAAUCCACAAGAGAAGCAAUAUCUCUUUGAAUGAUUGUCCAGACGAAUUAGGUGCAAAGCUAAAAAUAGAAAGUGGGGACAAAUGCAUUCAUAGGUCUCAAUAAUGGAAACACCUCAUUGAAUAGCUCAGCAAAGUAUCAACCUGAUAUAUCUGAGAAUAAGCUUCCAAGAUGUGAAUAGUGUAAGAAAAUGUAUUUUUGCAAGAUACUCUAAUCCUAAAAUAACUUGUGUUUACAUUUUUUAAGAUUGAUUAUGCUGGCAUAAUAAAUGAUAACAACCGUAUCAUGCACUUCUAAGAACUUUUGAGCCCUGUGUUUCCUCGUGUAAGGUGUGAAAUCUGUAAAGUAUCUUGCAUUGAAUAACAAUAGACCUUUGGCAUUAUAUUGCUUUCUGAAGGUGAAUAUUUUACUAUGAUUGACAGUUGCUAUGAGGUUUGUCUAGGUUGGCUAUUCAGAGUGGGGCUGGCUCAUUUUGAGUUGGCUAAGACACAGUCAUAUUGCUAUGGAGGGCACAAUAAGUCGUGAAUCUUAUUUAACUUGAUUAAAACUGCACAAUUGUAUUGUUUUGUGCACAACUUUGUGUAUAGAACUACUCAAGUGUUUUAUGAUAUGCCUGUUCUUAUCUCAAUUAUCCAGUGUUUUUGCAUGUACAGUUUUUACAAGAAAUUCACAUUUUUCUGGGUAUUUGUGUCAAAAUUUUACAGUAGAACAAAUGGCCUUAAAUCUCACAGAUAUCUUGGAAAUGAUUGUGAAUUGCCUUUUACUUUUCUGUCAAAAAUGUGUAAUUGCCUUGUAAUGUGUAGCGCUCUUUUUUGACACAUAACCUGUUUGGUACUUUCUUUAAUAUUAUACAUGUUACACUGAAUAAUAUGAAAUUAAGGUGCGUUUUUAAAGCAUGAAAGGGAUUUCUUCUGGAA